AUGCUGCCCUCCGACCCGGGCGCGUCCUCGAUUGUGGUCGCAGUCCGCGUACGGCCUUUCACAAUCCGGGAAGCAGCCCAACUAGCAAAAACCGACGAUGGCACCCUCUUCCUCGGCGACGGCUCUCUCGCCGCCGCCCCUGCACCAAAGCUCAACCAAAAGGGCCUCCGGUCCGUCAUCAAGGUCGUCGACGACCGCUGCCUCGUGUUCGACCCGCCCGAAGACAACCCCGUCCAGAAAUUCUCGCGCUCGGUCGUGCCGGCCGCCGGCAAGCGCGUCAAGGACCAGGUCUUUGCCUUUGACCGCAUCUUCGACGACAACGCCUCGCAGAUGGACGUCUACGAGGGCACCACCAAGGGCCUGCUCGACAGCGUCCUCGACGGCUACAACGCCACCGUCUUCGCCUACGGCGCCACCGGCUGCGGCAAGACCCACACCAUCACGGGCACGGCCCAGCAGCCCGGCAUCAUCUUCAUGACGAUGCAGGAGCUGUUUGAGAAGAUCAGCGAGCGCAGCGACGACAAGGUCACGGAGCUGUCGCUGUCCUACCUCGAGAUCUACAACGAGACCAUCCGCGACCUGCUCGUCCCGGGCGGCAGCAAGCAGGGCCUGAUGCUGCGCGAGGACACCAACCAGGCCGUCACCGUCGCCGGCCUCACCAGCCACCACCCGCGCGACGUCCAGGAGGUCAUGGACAUGAUUGUCCAGGGCAACGAGUUCCGCACCGUGUCGCCCACCGAGGCCAACGCCGUCUCGUCGCGCUCGCACGCCGUGCUGCAGAUCAACGUCGCCCAGCGCGACCGCAACGCCAGCGUCAGCGAGCCGCACACCAUGGCCACGCUCAGCAUCAUCGACCUGGCCGGCAGCGAGCGCGCCAGCGCCACCAAGAACCGCGGCGAGCGCCUGCUCGAGGGCGCCAACAUCAACAAGUCGCUGCUGGCCCUCGGCGGCUGCAUCAACGCCCUCUGCGACCCGCGCAAGAAGAACCACGUGCCCUACCGCAACAGCAAGCUGACCCGCCUCCUCAAGUUCUCGCUCGGCGGCAACUGCAAGACCGUCAUGAUUGUCUGCGUCUCGCCCUCGAGCGCCCACUUUGACGAGACGCAAAACACCCUGCGCUACGCCAACCGCGCCAAGAACAUCCAGACCAAGGUCACGCGCAACGUCUUCAACGUCAACCGCCACGUCAAGGACUUUCUCGUCAAGAUCGACGAGCAGAUGGCCCUCAUCAACGAGCUCAAGGCCCAGCAAAAGGACGCCGAGCACGCCUUUGGCCUCAAGGUCCGCAAGCAGCUCGACAAGCGCGACCUGCUGGCCCGCGAGGGCGUGCAGCGCAUCCGCGUCGCCUACGAGAACGCGCUGCCCGAGCGCCAGCAGAAGGUGUCGGACAUGAAGAAGCUGCGCACCGUGGAGCGGCGCCUGGCGACGCUGGCCGCCUGGGCCGACGCCUUUGACCUGUUUGGCGAGCAGCCGUCUGGCGUUCCAGGCGACGCGGACGCCGACGCGGCGCCUGACCCGGCCGAGCUGCCACCCGCGCUCGCGGCCCUGCGCAAGACGGCCCGCGGCAUCAUGGCCGAGCUCGAGCACAGCCGCCACCACCUGCACCAGAAGAUUGAGCGCAGCAACUGGGAGCGGCCCCUCGACUCGGCGCUGCAGCACAGCAUGGCCCAGAUGGCCGCGGCCGCCGUGGACAGCGUGGCCGCCGCCGACACCAGCGAGGCCAUGGCGAGCCUGACGCGCGAGGCCGAGCUGCUCAAGGCCAACUUUGCCCGCGAGGCCUAUAUCGAGGUCCUCGAGCAGGAGAAGACCACCGGCAGCCAGACCGACAGGCUCAUGCUGCAGACCCUGCUGUCGGCCCAGUUUGCCAUGAUGGCGUCGCUGGCCAGCACGCUGGCCAUGCCGCGCGACCAGGCCGUCGCCCACGGCCAGCGCCUCGUGCGCAAGCUGCUCGACGCCGGCGUCGCAGCCACCUCGCAGAUUGUCAAGCCCGACCCGUCGCUGUCGGCGAGCACGGCGGGCACUGCCUUCUCGGCCUCGACCUCGUCUUCCGGCCGCUUCUCGCUCGGCGGCAUGGAUCCGUUCCCUCCCUCCAAGCGCGGCACACCGCGCCGCACACGGUCGUCCAUGAUGGGCGGCGCUGCUGCGAGCCACCCGGCACCCGUGCGCUCGUCCCUCGGCCUGGCCGCGCAGCAGCACCUGGCAGCAGCCACGUCGCCGACGCGGUCCUCGCCACGCCGCCGCAAGGUGGUAUCCGGCGCAGGACGCAAGAGCGUCUCCAUGCCCAGCAAGAGGAAGUCGGCCGGCCACGCCGGCUCGAUCGCCGGGUCGGCUCGUCGCGACAGCAACGCGUCGUCGAGCUCGUUCAAGCGUAGCGUGCGCUGGCGCGACGACGAGACCGAGGCGGGCACGCUGGCCGAUUUCGAGAAGACGCCGCAGAAGUUGACGGCUGCGUCGUCGCCUGAGAACCCUGUGGCCAUUGCUGUCGACGCGCUGUCUGCAGACGCUGAGGAACAGGAGCAGGCGGAGGGGAAGCCUGCUAUGGAGGAUACAAACUCGAAGUCGCAGCCGCUCCCCGAAUCGGCGUGGUCGACCAUGGAGACGGUGCCCGAGGCCGACGAGGAGACGCCGUCCCCGCUGGCCGCGCACCCCGCGCACGCCUCGCCCCCUUCGCCGGAGCUGCCGCCGCUCGCUUUGCCGUCGUACCUGAGCCGCACCGAUCUUGUCGAGACGGACGAAGACGACGACAGCUCGCUAAAUGCUCCGGACACGUCCAUCCUGCCUGGUGCUGGCAUGGCCGCCACGUCGUCGGCCGGCCCUGCCGCUACAUCCAAUCGUUUCCAGGCGGGUUUCCUGUCCAAGUCGCGGCCAUCCUUGAGUGUGGGCGGAGGUGGAGGUGCGGGUUACAACUCGUCGGAUGCCGAGCACCCCACACCGCCGUCGCUGUCUGCGUCGCUCAACGGUACUGGUGGCGGCGCCCGAAAGUCCACACCGCUGCGCAACAUUUCUCUGCCUCGGGCCGCCAACCAGCAGCGGACACCGCCGUCGGCCACGCGCAUCGCCAGCCUCAGCAGUCUGCACGGCAGCGGCAGCCCCAAGAGCCGUGCCGGCCUUGGCGGCAUCACGUCCGUGUCUGGCGACAACGAAAACCAACCGCCGCCGUCGUCGUCGCUCACGUCGCACCCACCCACGCGUCUCCGUUCGCCGUCGCCGCGCCUCUCCCUGUCCGCCUCCAACUCGGACGCCGAGACCACGACGACGCUGCACGACCUGCCGUCGACCUUUGACACGAACAAGCUUCGCUCUGCUAUCCACUCGGCGAAAAAGGCCAAGGCGGCUACCGCGGCGGCCGGUUCGGGAGGCGGCAGUGGUGGUGCCGGCAAUGGCGGCGCCUUUUCCUCGUCGGUGCUGCUCGGCAGCGGGGGCAGCGGUGCGCGUCGGUUUAGUAUCGGCGGCGCGCACCACCAUGGCCACCACGGUCACCACCGUGCCUCAGCGUCCUACUCGGGUCCCCACACCCUGGCCAGCUCCACCAACGGCAUCUCGCGGCAGCGCCGUCGCAGUGCGGAGCGCCGGCGGUCGCCGCCCAUUGCCUGCUCGCCGCUGGUGAGUGACUCGUCUUCGAGCACAGGCGGUGGCCACCACCACUACCGCGACGGCGCCGUCAGCCGCGCCUUGACGCCGGGCCAAGCCCGUCGCAUGAACAUGGGCGGCAGUCUGCGACUGGACAGCGCGUCGGGCGGCGCCACCGGCUCGCCGCGUGAGCGUGAACGUGAGCAUGAACGUGGUCGGGGCGAGGGCAAGACGGCUGGUGCAGCUACCGGCGGCAUGCGCCGCGUGACUAUCGGGACCGCGGCCAUGGGCGGCCUUACCAAUGGCCAAACCAAUGGCCACAGCAGCAGCAGCAGCAUCGGGGGCUCGGCCAGAAAGGAUACGUCGUCGCGGCCCACUGUUGCGUGGCGGUGA